GUUAGUUUCUAUUUUUCUUCAAUAGAGUAUUUUUUUUCUGUUUCGUCGUGAUCUUGUGAACUCUCCAUCCAGCAGCUGGCUGUCCGGCGCGUAAGAAAAAAAAGAAGUAGAAGAAACGCGCGCGCCGGCUCGAUUGGAUGUUUACAUCACGAGUAAUCAAACUUCUUUUGACUUCGCGUUUGCACGUGCACGCAGGCAACGCUUUCGUCCGGCAAGCAACAUUCACCAAGAUGGAAUCAACCAUCCUUCCGGACGGAGAUGCAGUUUCCGAGGAUUCGAACCACAUUCCACCGUUGCAGUACCGCGUGACUGCAAAGUGCAGCGUGACAAAGGCGCGCGUUGGCGUAAUGAGCGUACGACACGCGGAUGUCGACACGCCAGUGUUCAUGCCGGUAGGCACACAGGGAACACUAAAGGGUGUUUUACCGGAGCAGCUGCUGGCGCUGGAUUGUCGCAUUAUGCUCGGCAAUACGUACCACCUUGGAAUGCGUCCCGGUACGAACGUGUUGGAGAAGGCGGGAGGUUUGCAUCGUUUCAUGGGCUGGCCCCGGGCACUGUUGACAGACUCGGGUGGAUUUCAGAUGGUUUCAUUGUUGCAGCUGGCGGAAAUCACUGAACAGGGCGUACGGUUCCAGAGUCCGUACGAUGGCAGCGAAUGUAUGCUAACGCCGGAACGCAGCAUGGAAAUACAGAAUGCCAUCGGGGCGGACAUUAUGAUGCAGCUGGACGAUGUGGUAAAAACGACGACAACGGGACCACGCGUGGAGGAAGCAAUGCACCGAACGAUCCGCUGGCUGGAUCGAAGCAUUGCCGCGCAUGGCCGGGAUGAUGAUCAGAGCAUUUUCCCCAUCGUACAGGGUGGAUUACAGCCGGACUUGAGACGUGUGUGUGCGGCCGAACUGACCAAGCGUAAUACAAGAGGAUUUGCUGUCGGGGGACUUAGUGGAGGAGAAAGUAAGGACGAGUUUUGGCGCACGGUUCAUCUGUGCACGGAUCUGCUGCCGGAAGAUAAACCACGCUACCUGAUGGGGGUAGGAUUUGCGGCCGAUCUGGUAGUGUGCGUGGCGCUCGGUGUGGACAUGUUUGAUUGUGUUUUUCCAACGCGAACGGCACGCUUUGGAUGUGCCCUGACACGUGCCGGGCAGAUCAACUUGAAGCAGCGCACCUUUGCAAAGGAUAUGCGUCCGAUUGAGGACGAAUGUGAAUGUUCCACGUGUCGCACGUACACUCGGGCCUAUCUGCAUCAUAUCGUCACCGUCGAACCGGUGGCAUGUAGCAUCGUGAGCGUGCACAAUGUGGCCUUCCAGCUGAGACUGAUGAGUGACAUGCGGGACGCCAUCCGGGAGGAUCGAUUUCCAGAGUUUGUGAAAUUGUAUAUGGCUGUACGCUUUCCGGAUGGUAGCGUCCCACAGUGGAUUCGUGAAGCUCUUGCCGCCGUUAACGUGCAUUUGUAGCUAAUUUCUCACCAAA